AUGAAUUUAAACAAGGAUCUCUUCUCUCUCUCAACCAUUAAUAUUUAAUAUUUUUUAAUCAAAAUAAUAAUAACCAGAUAUCUUUACUUAAGUAUUGAUGGUAAGUUGACUUUAUUGAAAAAAUGGAUGAAUCAUUUUAAUAAUUUUAAGGAAAUAAUAAAUUCAAAAGAUCCUGAAGUUAAAACACCAUUAUUUUAUUCAUGGUAUUCAAAUAUUAUAUAUAUAGUUAUUUUAACUUUAAAAAUAUUUUGAUGUAUUUGUUAAUCAAAGGAGCAGAUCCAUUUCUAAUAUCUAAAUCUGAUUUAAUGUAUAUCAUAUCUGUUCAUAAAGAGGAAAUCUUGAAUGUCUUUAAAUACUCUUGUAUAUGUUUAGACACAAAUAAAAUCUGAUGAAAUGGGAACAUUUAAAAUUAGUAAUGUAAAAGUAUCAAUUUAAAAAAAACUGAUUCAUAAAAAGGCUAAUUAAUAAAUGCAGAUAAACAUUUUAAAUAAGUUCAAUUAAGAUUCUCCUAAUUUUAAGCGAUUCUCAGUGAAUUAUAUUAAUAAUUUUUGGAUUAAAAUCUACAAUAUUUUCGUAGUAUUAAUGUUACUAUAGAUUAUUUUUAAAGGAAUCCAAUACAUUAUGGUAGUUUAUCUAAAUAUACUAAGUGCUUUUAAUAUAUUAAAUCAUUAGCAAAGUUUGAUUUCAAAUUUUAAGGAUGGGAUUUAUUUAAUAAUAUUAUUAUGGAAGUGUAAUUACUAAUAUAAACUGGGUAUAAAAAUAUAAAUCCCAGAUAAUAUAAACAUUAUCAUGAAUGUAAUUUUCUAAAUUAAUAACUACUUGAAUAAAAACUACAAAUUUUAUUUAUAAUAUUAAGAAAUUAUAAAAGGAAAUUGUUAAUAAAUAGGAUCACGAUGGUUAAUGAUAAAUUAAAUAUAAUUUAAAGACACAUAUGCAUUAAGCAUCAUUUUCUGAAGACUUUACAGCUAUUAAAUUUAUGUUAUUAUUGGGAGUAGAUCCUGAAAUAAAAGAAAAGGAAAAAUCAGGAUACUUUUAGAAUAUAGAUCAAAUGA